AAAGAGGAACUUUUUUUCUUGCAAUGCCGGUUUCUCCGGACAACAGAACUUCGCAAAAUUCACAAAAGAACACCUCAAGAGAACGAAAAACUACUUCACAGCCUCCUAAACUUGGCCUAACGGAUUUGCGGCACCACUGGGAGGCACCGGUGUGUCUGGCUACAGCAGAAAACACAUGGAAGAGAAAGAAAAGAAUGAGAAGACAGCAGAAGAGAUUGCAGCAAUUAAGAAAGCGCAGAAGCUGUUCCAGUCUUCCAAAGGUAAGAUCCGGACAGACGAAGGUUGAAACAGCACAACGUUUGGUGAGACGUAUCUUUUCAGUGAACACGUGUUUUUAUGAAAUAUGGCACAGAUCUUGUUUUGUAAUUUCUGUUUCAAUGUCGGCCUGUCUGUUAUUCUGUUAUCAUCGGAACUCUGCAUUUCUCAUAAUUUCUGUGACUCACACAUUGUUUAACAAAUAAUAGUUACUAAACGUGAAAUGGCAUGAGAUAAUUUGCAUUGUACAUAUAUAUAUAUAGAGAGAGAGAGACUUUAUGUAUAUAUUGAAAGCACGGUCUGUAGAUAUUGUAGCAUAGGGCCCACGGCCUAAGAAAUGUGAAAUAUAUAUAUAUUUGUGUACAAUACAUAUAUAUAUAUUAUUCAUGUAUAUCAGGACAUCAGUAAAGUUUAUCUUUUGUCAUUGUAUGGUGAAUCAUGUCCCUGCAUAAGCUAUGUAAACAGGAAUGCAUUUUGCAUUCAGUGUAUUCUGUGUUGUGCAAGUAAGUGAACACCUUUCUUUGAGUUGUUUAUGUAAGCUGUAGUAUCUAUUCAUGUUACCUCUUUAACACUUUAUUGCAUAGAAGUCUGUAAUAAUGCUUCAAAGCGAUAUAUUUUAAACUUUUUUUAGCUCUCCAGCCAAAUGUGAUGGAUGGCUUGCUCGCUAUACACCUCAUCGCCAAAGACCUGACCUCCGUCCCAGCCGAGGUGUUUAAAAACAGGGAUAUCGAAUGCCUUGUCCUGUCUACCAACAGGCUGACGAGCAUACCCGAGGAGAUAGGUCAACUACAGAAGCUCCAGGUUCUUAAACUUAACAACAACCUGCUGACAGAACUGCCGCAAGCAAUCACGACGCUACCUAACCUAAAGCACGUUGACCUGUCAAAGAACAGCAUUGACACACUGCCUAGUGGAUUCUCAACAUUAGACAUAUACGAACUCCACAUGCACAACAAUAGGUUCAAAGAGAUACCAGAAGAAAUUUGUUCACUACUACAGCUGAAAACCUUUUCUGUGGCAAGCAACCCCCUCAAGUGUCUCCCUGACAAAAUAUCCCAGCUUACAGGAUUGAGAAACAUGCACAUCGGCAGAUGUCAGUUGAAAGAGUUCCCCAGACAGGUGCUGCAGCUGGAGGGUCUACAGAGGCUAUACAUGGGGGCCUGGGCUGGGGAGGGCAAACAGUCACCUGUACCUGAAGAUAUCGGCAGACUGAAGAACCUACAAGUCUUGGAUCUGCAGAAUAGUGGCUUGGCGUCAUUACCGGAUAGUGUUAGGGAACUGGUGCAGCUGACGUACUUAAACAUCUCCGCAAACAAAUUCACAUCUGUUCCUGACUCAAUUAUGAACCUGCGCAAUAUCGAGAAGCUAGAAUUGUCACAUAACAGAAUUUCCCGCCUUCCCCUGACUCUUUGCCGAUUGGCCAAACUAAAGGGUGUGGGCAUCUCUGGAAACCCCCUGACAUACCCUCCUCCUGAUGUAUGUAAGAAAGGUACUGCCGACGUCACCGACGUCAUGGACUUCAUGAGAAGACAGUUGAAGGAAAAAGAGGAUGAGAAAGAACUAAGGAAAUGCUUCCAUCGUUUCUCGCAAAACGUGACUGAAACACGCGAGGUGGAAGAUCUGGGUGUUGCACUUGGACUUGCAGCAGAUGAGAUGACGUCCAUUAUCCAAGGUUCAAACAACCAAACCCCGAGUUACCAGGCCUAUAACAUGCUGUUGAAGUGGAUGGAGAAAGACCCAGAAGCGUCCAUGGACAAGCUUCGGCAGGAGCUGAGUGACUUUGGCAUGGACACGCUAACAGAGGACGUUGGCAGGAUCAAGGUUCAACCAGGUAAGCGACCGACAGAUACAACAGUUGGACCGGUAGCCAAGCGAUCAGCAGCCGGAGAGUCUUCUUUUGGCCGGCAUCAGGAGGAGCAGCUGACACAGCUACUAGAGGAAAACCGCACUUUGAGAGCCCUGGUGGAAGAACUACAAGGAAAGACGCCAAGAAGUCGAGGACCUGGAGCCAAGCCUGUGGUGUUGCUGCUCAACGAUGAGUAUGGAACUGCAAAGGGGGGCAUAUCCACUGUCCACUGCCAGAUGGCGGUCCUACUGGCUUCCAAUGGUGCAGAGGUCUAUUCUACAGUCCUGAGUGCCACAGAAGACGAUGAGAAGGAUGCAGCUACUAAUGGGGUUAAGCUGAUCUUUCCAACAACAUCCGAGCGAGACAAGAGAGAGCCCUGCCUUGAUUGGCUGACCUUUGACCAUAAGGCUCGUUACCCAGACCUCCCUCCAGUAGACUUCAUUGUUGGCCACGUGCCCAUCACAAGCCAUGCAGCAAGGCAGAUCAAGGAGCAACGAUUUCCUGACGCCAAACUCGUCCAAGUCACUCACGUGAUGCCAGAAGACACCAACCAGUACAAGAGUGAUGAGAGGGUGUUGAGCAUCGGCGACGAGCAGAAAAACAUUCUUGAAGACCUAGAACAUGCUGACGUGAUUAUCUCGGUAGGCCCAUACUUGCACGACUACUACAAGCAUGAGACGAGAGAUUUCGAACCUCACUUUGAGUUCCUGCCUAAGCCAUCCGACAUCUUCAGCACAGCAAAGGUCAAAUACGUCGAUGCCGGCGUUAAAGUAGUGUUGUCCAUCGGCAGGGUCAAGGGUGUGGAGAGGCUGAAAGGCUACGACCUGGCUGCAAAGUCCGUGGGCAAGGUGAUCGUAGCACUACCCAACACUAAAUGGCGAGCCCGCGGCAUCUGUGCUGAUGAUUUCCAGGAGAGCAGGGACAUCAUCCAGGCCAACGCGGGUAACAUCCAUUUCACCCCCCUGAAGUACGGCACACAGGAGGAGCUGCGCAAGGACAUGGAAAAGGCAAACGUCGUGCUGAUGCCGUCACGUGCAGAGCCAUUCGGACUGGUUGGUCUGGAGGCCAUCGCUGCAGGAGUGCCCGUCCUGGUUUCCCACAAGUCUGGUCUUGCAAAGUUUCUGACGAAACAAGACCCCGAGUUUGACCGCACGAUCGUAGAGAUCGAAGAUGAUGACGAUGAGGCCGCCAAAACCCUGGCCAAGCGCAUAAUCAAGAUCCUGACGGAUGGACACAGAGAGUUUCAGGCCGCACAAAGGUUAAAGGAGAGGCUUUUGGCCUCAAAGUACUGGGCUGUUUCACACACCAGUUUCCUCGAAACCUUUGGUCUGGAAGGCUAGCUUCUAACCUCAUUGCUUUUGUACCUACCAACAUAUUACAUCUGCCUGUUGAUGGUUUCUUUUGAAUUUAUGUCAAGGCGUUCAGAACCCAUAAAUAUUCCUAGGUACAAAUCUUCACUAUUGAUGACCGUUAUGUCGAUGUCAUCUUUCUACCUAUUCAUACAUUCUGAACUCUUGCAAACAUGACAAUGAGGAAAACAAUUGAUAUAACAUAACAUCCCACGUUUUGUCAUUUAGAAGAGAAGAAGCUUGUAAUCAUAUAGGCCUACGGACUCUUGUACUUACAUCCCAUUCCAUUUUCAUUGGCAAUGGAAAUAUUACAUUCUAGCUGGAUUCCAUAUCAUACUGUAUAUGAUAUAGAGUUGGCAGAAUCUAGUACAAAAGUAUGAUUUUAGAGUUGAUUACAAUUGGUGCUAUGUGAGUAUUCUGUUGAUCCUAUCGUAAUUGUAGGGGCUGAUUGAUGUCUUUAUAUUCUUAUAUUUAUAGAAUGAUGAUUAUAAAGCUUCUAAUAAAAUUGCAAAGCUUGUAAUAAUAAUAAUACUCUAAACAGUCUUUAUAGAAGGUCGUUAUUAGAACUUUGUGACAAAUCUAUUUUUACUUGAAGGAUGAAACAUGAUAAUUGUUUAUUGCUUUUUUAGUAAUACUUUCUGUAUACCGCAUCGACUGUUGUGGUAGGGAAUUCACUAUGUAACCAGCAGCCAAUAAUUGUCAGUUGUUAUAAAUGACCUCAUAUAAAGCAAGAAGUUUUAUGUUAUUUUUUUUCAUAUCUUAAGAAGGAGAACUUG